ACCUAGUGUCAAAUAAGCAAACACAACGCAAGCAGUUUUGUCUUCCAUUUCCAAGUUCCUUCUCGCUUUGUUCUCCCAAAUUUCUAGGGCUCCGUUGCUUCUUCGCUCGGUGAAUCCACAAUUCGGAACCAAUUAAGCAUCAACGAUGUUUAGAUUCUGGGGAUCACAAGAUCAACAAUCGCAGCAGCAGGGUUCAUCGCAGUCGUGGUAUCCGCCAUCUGUGAUGAGCUCAUCGAGUUCUUCGAGACCCGCUACACCCGCUUCCUCUUCCGGUUCGCCGAGGCCUUCUUCGCAUGUUCCACCAGCUGAAGCCGCUGGAACAAUUGCUUCUUUGAAGGACAAGAGUGUUGAUGAGUUAAGGAAGCUUUUAUCUGAUAAAGAUGCGUAUCAACAGUUUCUACAAUCACUUGAGCAGGUCAAGAUUCAAUCCAAUCUGAAAGAUGAACUUAGCAAGGAGAAUUUGCAACUUGCAGAGGAAAAUCUACAAAAGGAACCUCGUAUCAUGGAACUUAGGAAUCAGUGUAGAAUAAUUCGCACAACCGAGUUAGCUACUGCCAGUGAGAAACUAAAUGAGCUUGAGAAGCAGAAAGAAGAAAUGUUAAAGUUGAAUUCUCCUGCAUCCCUUAUCCAAAGGAUUCAAGAGUCUGUGAACCAGACAGAUGAGGAAUCUGAAAACCUGCACCAGCAACUCCUUGACAAAGAGAUUGACCUUGCAGCUUUUUUGCAGAAAUACAAGAAGCUACGCACCACUUAUCACAAGAGAACUCUUAUACAUCUUGCUGCUAAAACAUCAAAUAUAUGAGCCUUGACAUAGACUUAUGAACAACAUUGAACUAAACCAAUUAUAUUAGUUGUACCUGUGUGGAUAGAGCUUUGGUGAAUAAGAAACAUUUAUAUGUACAGCUUGAAAAUUAAGAUUAUUCUCUGUAGCUACUUGUAUUGGUUUCAAUAUGGAUUAGUUAAACCAAUUAUGUUAUGCUUCAUCUUUUGAAGAGGUAGAGGUACGGACUUAUCUGUACAUUCUUUUA